GAUGGAUCGUGUGUAUUCUCUCCAUCAGGGGUGAAGCUGUAGAAGAAUAACUGAAGAGAGAGAGAGAGAUAAGAUGCCUCCUCCCCCGCCACCCCCUGCCCCUCCCCCACCCCCAACCUUCGCUGUGGCAAAUACACAGAAGCCAUCACUCAGCAAGAAUGAAGCACAAGGAAGAAACGCCUUACUGUCUGAUAUCGGAAAAGGUGCUCGCCUGAAGAAGGCCGUGACCAAUGACAGGAGUCAACCCGUCAUUGACAAACCCAAAGGUGGAGGAGGAGGAGGAGGUGGAGGAGGAGGAGGAGGUGGAGGUGGAGGAGGAGGUGGAGGAGGAGGUGGCGGAGGAGGAGGAGGACCAGUACUAGGAGGUCUCUUUGCAGGAGGCAUGCCCAAGCUUCGGUCCUCAGGAGGGAACAGUAACGGAGGCCCUAGGCCCCCCAUGGUACCUCCAGGCGGCCGUUCCUCAGGCCCCAGACCGUUUGGUGGUGGGGGCCCCUCCGCUGGCCCUCCACGGUUCUCAGGGGCCCCAGCCUUUCCCCGGAGCAGCGCCCCCGACGUCCCCAGGGGACGGGCAGGCCCCCCGCGACCAGAGACCCCUGGCGGACCCCCUCCCCCAAUCCCCAACACCCCACGGCCCAACCAGAACUUCCAGAGCCGAGGGACCCCGCCUGUUCCAGGAGGAGCCCGGAUCCCCAGCUCAGCCCCGGCACCUCCACCUCCCAACCUCGCAGGCAGACACCAAGGCUUGCCCCCUCCCCCUGGCCCUAUAGGGGCCCCGUCUGGGCCAAAACCCUCCUUUGGGGCCCCUCCGGUUCCCAGUGGUGGACGUCCCCCUCUACCCCCAGCCCCCCACCCUGGCAGACCCUCAGAGGACCCCUGGCCCCCACCCCCACCCCUGGGGGGCCACCGGUCCUCCAUAUCCAGAGAUGGACCACCGCCACCAUCUUUCAACUCCAAGCCCCCCAGCUCGUCUUCCUCUCGGCCCUCCAUCGGCGGUGGUGGAGCUCCCCCUCUCCCUCCUGGCAGACCGGGCCCUCCACUGCUGCCCCCAACGCCUGCGGGAGGAGACGAACACACCCCCAGACUACCACAGAGGAACAUUUCACUCAACUCGCCGGCGCUGCCACCUGGCCGGUCAGGACCACUGCCACCCCCUCCCAGUGAGAGGCCGCCCCCUCUGGGUAAAAACCCCCCAGGACGGACGGGCCCACUCCCUCCCCCUCCCUCCUCAGGUCCACGUGGAGGCAGUAUAAGGUCAUCCCCAGUCCCUUCACCUCCUAACCGCCCGGGAGCAGAGCCGCCCCGUGGGGGACAACGGCCACCGCUCCCACCAGACCGACCGGGAAUAGGAGGCCCUCCUCCCCCACCUCCUCCCAUGGGCAACGGCUUCCAGAACUCCCAUCACCAACACAUUGAUGAGUGGGAGGCCCGGUUCCAGUUCCACCCUGUCUCAGACCUCCCUGUCCCAGAGCCUUACGUGUCCUGUCAGAAGACAUACCCCAGCAAGUUGUCCAAGACUGACGGCAGAGGUUCAGAUAAAAAGUCCAGGGGUGCCCCCCCACUACCCCCUAUCCCCAGGUGAAGAGCUCGUUUUUGGGAUGUCUCCCUCCCUCCCUCCCCUCCCCUCCCCUCCCCUCCCCUCCCUCCUCUCCUCUCCUCUCCUCUCCUCUCCUCUCCUCUCCUCUCCUCUCCUCUCCUCUCCUCUCCUCUCCUCUCCUCUCCUCUCCUCUCCUCUCCUCUCCUCUCCUCCCUCCCCUCCCCCCCUUCCCUCUCUCCCUCCUCUCCCUCCUCUCCCUCCCUCCCCUCCCCUCCUCUCCCUCAGAGGACAUGGAUGUAAGUAUGUCACUCCCACUGCCUCUGUCUGAGGCUUAUAGCACCUCCAUGGAAGGACCAUAUUUACAGUGGGACUCACGCAACCAUGUGUUUCUGCCUGGAGUUGACAGAAUAUUCUCAUUUAACGAACAGCACUCCAAACCAACCAAAGUCACAACAGAGGCUUGUUUUCUAGGCUAUGCAUUUGGUUUUGCUCCACUAUGUAGUGUUGAAACUGUAUACUUUUAUUAUCAUUUUUCACUGUGCCUUUUUUUUCUUCCAAUUCCGGAUUAUUAUGAAGGAUCUUUAUGAGAGUUAAGAGAAACAGUCGUGUCGGAUGCCUGUCUUCGCCAAAGAGCAACCGAACUAUAGCAUAUCAGUUACAAUAUUCUAACCAUCAAAGGGUACUUCUCCAUACAGUUCCUGUGCAGUUCACGGCAUGUCUUGAACUCUGUUUUUACACGGUAGAGACAAAAUGGACGCUUGUGUGUUACAGUAUGCGUUGAUUGAACUUUUAGGUGAAAAUUGAAUGUUUUCUUUAUGCCUUGAAAAGAAAAAAAGAACGUCACUCAUGACAGUUGUUAGUUUAAUUUAGUAUGAUUUGAGUUGUUGGGAAGGACAAUUUGUUUUUAUUUUCUAAAGUUAUCUGACUAUUUUUGUUGUAUACAGUUACAGUGUUAUCUUCUGCUUCCGUACUACAGCUCUGGGACGUCUCCGCUACUUGACAUUAACAUCAAGCUUGUCUCAGAAACACUUGCAGAGAGACAAUCUAAUAUUUGACCUAUGAAAGUAAAUCAUUAACAUGUAUUAAAAUGUUAGACAUGAUGCUGAAGUUAUGAUAUGAAUGAGCUUUGCUCAUAGAAUUUGCAAGUGUUUAAUGUAUGCAAGGAGGAUGUGAAUAUGGAUCAAAAUAUGCUGUAUGCUGAUGUGAGAGAGAAGUGCCAUGUUUGGCCUCAUUGUUUUCUCUGUUCUGUAAAGACGAUAAUAUGCAUUUCUGAAUAGAGAAUGAGGGGGAAUGGCAGGAGCACGUGUGUUUGACCAAAGACAGUCGGCUGCACUAGGACGUAGUCUCUUCCCACAGAGGCAGUGUCUCAGAUACAACUUGCAUUGGAGACUACCUAGGACCAAACAGACAGAAACAACUUGCAUUGGAGACUACCUAGGACCAAACAGAUAGAUACAACUUGCAUUGGAGACUACCUAGGACCAAACAGACAGAAACAACUUGCAUUGGAGACUACCUAGGACCAAACAGAUAGAUACAACUUGCAUUGGAGACUACCUAGGACCAAACAGAUAGAAACAACUUGCAUUGGAGACUACCUAGGACCAAACAGAUAGAAACAACUUGCAUUGGAGACUACCUAGGACCAAACAGACAGAUACAACUUGCAUUGGAGACUACCUAGGACCAAACAGUCAGAAACAACUUGCAUUGGAGACUACCUAGGACCAAACAGACAGAUACAACUUGCAUUGGAGACUACCUAGGACCAAACAGACAGAAACAACUUGCAUUGGAGACUACCUAGGACCAAACAGACAGAAACAACUUGCAUUGGAGACUACCUAGGACCAAACAGCCAGAAACAACUUGCAUUGGAGACUACCUAGGACCAAACAGAUAGAUACAACUUGCAUUGGAGACCACCUAGGACCAAACAGACAGAUACAACUUGCAUUGGAGACUACCUAGGACCAAACAGACAGAAACAACUUGCAUUGGAGACUACCUAGGACCAAACAGUCAGAAACAACUUGCAUUGGAGACUACCUAGGACCAAACAGACAGAUACAACUUGCAUUGGAGACUACCUAGGACCAAACAGUCAGAAACAACUUGCAUUGGAGACUACCUAGGACCAAACAGACAGAUACAACUUGCAUUGGAGACUACCUAGGACCAAACAGACAGAUACAACUUGCAUUGGAGACUACCUAGGACCAAAUAGAUAGAUACAACUUGCAUUGGAGACUACCUAGGACCAAAUAGAUAGAUACAACUUGCAUUGGAGACUACCUAGGACCAAACAGUCAGAAACAACUUGCAUUGGAGACUACCUAGGACCAAACAGACAGAUACAACUUGCAUUGGAGACUACCUAGGACCAAACAGACAGAUACAACUUGCAUUGGAGACUACCUAGGACCAAACAGAUAGAAACAACUUGCAUUGGAGACUACCUAGGACCAAACAGACAGAUACAACUUGCAUUGGAGACUACCUAGGACCAAACAGAUAGAUACAUCCAGCAGAAAUGGAACGUUUUAAAAAGAGGACCAUUAAAGUUGUGUGUUAGUUCCUCCUCAGGUGACAGACAUAAUGAAUGACGGUCCUCAUGGGGACAUUUUUCUUUCAGAAUGUAUUCUGUUUCUAGUUCCCUAGUUAUCUCUGUUAACCCAGAAGUCAAAUAUAGCGUAGUUGGGUCAGCUACACGCAGAAACUGCCCACGGGAGAUUAGUUCCCUAUGACAUUUACAAUGGUACUGCAGAGUGCUUUAUGCACUUUGGCUUCAAGGGAACUUAGAUAUGAUUAUUCUUUUUGAUGCAUUCAACUGCUUUUGUUUCUGCCUUUUUGAGUGUAUUUUCUUCCUGAUGCUUUUCAAUGUAAAACAAAGCAAACUAUUUCCUAAUGGAUUUUCUAAAUAAAGCAAAUGAAUUUGA